AUGAAAGGCUUCCUCGGCUUGACGCUGCUCCCGCUGCUGGCAGCUGCGUCACCAGCUUGGAUGGAUACCAUCCAUAAUGGAGCUGCUCCCAUUAUUUCAUCCACAAACUCACAGGAGAUCCCAGACUCUUAUAUUGUCGUGUUUAAGAAACACAUCAGUCCGUCAGUGGCUUCAUCUCAUCACAGCUGGGUGCAGGACAUCCAUUCUACCCAUAAUAAGGACCGAAUGGAGCUGAAGAAGCGUGGGCUCUUCGACUUUGACUUUGAGACUUCCUUCCUGGGUAUGAAGGAUACCUUCCACAUCGCUGGUUCGCUCAUGGGAUACUCUGGUCACUUCCACGAGGAUGUCAUCGAGCAGGUCCGCCGUCAUCCGGAUGUUGAGUACAUCGAGAAGGACUCUGAGGUUCACCACAUGACUAACCACGCUACCGAGAAGAACGCCCCCUGGGGUCUGGCCCGUAUUUCCCACCGGGAGAGCCUUUCCUUCGGUACCUUCAACAAGUACCUGUAUGCCGAAGAUGGCGGUGAGGGUGUCGAUGCCUAUGUGAUCGACACCGGUACCAACACCGACCACGUUGAUUUCGAGGGCCGUGCCAACUGGGGCAAGACCAUCCCUCAGGGUGAUGAGGAUGAGGAUGGUAACGGUCACGGUACUCACUGCUCAGGUACCAUCGCUGGCCGCAAGUACGGUGUUGCCAAGAAGGCCAACGUCUACGCUGUCAAGGUCCUCCGCUCCAACGGCUCUGGUACCAUGUCUGAUGUCGUCAAGGGUGUCGAGUGGGCUGCCGAGGCUCACAUUAAGAAGACGAAGGAGGCCAAGGCUGGCAAGGUCAAGAAGGGCUGGAAGGGAAGUGUUGCCAACAUGUCUCUGGGCGGUGGUAGCUCUCGCACUCUGGACCUUGCUGUCAACGCCGCCGUUGAGGCCGGUAUCCACUUCGCCGUCGCUGCUGGCAACGACAAUGCCGAUGCUUGCAACUACUCCCCUGCUGCUGCCGAGAACGCUGUCACCGUUGGUGCCUCCACUCUGGCUGAUGAGCGUGCUUACUUCUCCAACUACGGAAAGUGCACUGACAUCUUCGCUCCCGGUCUGAACAUCGAGUCCACCUGGAUUGGCAGCCAGUACGCCAUCAACACCAUCUCAGGAACCUCCAUGGCCUCCCCUCACAUUGCUGGUCUGCUGGCCUACUACGUUUCCCUGCAGCCCUCUUCUGACUCAGCUUACGCUGUCGCUGAGAUCACUCCUAAGAAGCUCAAGGACACCCUGAUUACCAUCGCCACCUCCGGUGCUCUCACCGACAUUCCCUCCGACACUCCUAACCUGCUUGCCUGGAACGGUGGUGGUUCUUCCAACUACUCUGAGAUCGUUGCCAAGGGUGGCUACAAGGCCGGCGCCGCCAGCCACGUCCCUGAUGUCAAGGAGCUGCUUGAGAACGCUGAGAAGACCGCUCACGCCGAGCUCAGUGCUAUCUACAGCCACAUCAAGGAUGCUGUCUCCGCUUAG